AUGACGCGACGUCGUGAUGACGACACCACAAUCUACGAUCCGUAUACCGGCGUACUCCCUGUUCUUCCGCCCGGUACAGAGCUUCCGGACAAGGACCCGCGCCGCAACGCCGCGACAGCCGCCUCGGCCGCUGGUGUGCGUGCCUUGAGCGCCCAGGCCAUUGCAUUCUACUUCCGAGCCCCGGUCAAGGCGUUCUUUCGAACCCGCGUCGAUUACCUCGCCUAUGCACGUAGUGUACACCAGGCCCAGAUCGAGUUGCUCGCACAGGCUGCUGCAAGGGAGCCAUCAUCCAGGCUGAGGGCGACCCUUCACCAGGCAUGGUUCUACCUGCGAGGCACCACUCCGGGCGUGCUUACCUCCGCUGUGAAGCAACAUGGCUGGAGCGUCCUGCCAAACCAAGUUCUCCCGCCUCUUAUUGCAAAUGUGGGCGUUGGUGCUGUUCUGUACACCAGCUAUCUCACAAUCCUCGGCAGCUUGCAUGAGGAGAGUGGAAAGUCGAGAAAGACCGUCUAUCCACCGCCACACCCAACACAGACCUUCACCGCUGGGCUCCUCGCUGGAAGUCUUCAAAGUUUUAUUGCAGCACCUUUGGACGCAAUCCAAGCCAGAUAUGACCACCGCGAUCUUAUUCCUACCGAAGGCGGGAAGCCGAGAAGCAUGUGGGCUUUCAGCGCUGAGAAAUUGAGAGAGAUUGGCAUGCGCGGCAUAUUUGCUGGCUGGGGCCUGUCCCUUAUGAAGGAUAGCUUUGGUGCUGCAAUAUUUUUCAGUGUCUUCGAGUAUGUGAAGGCCCAAGGGUACUACCGCUUCGUAUCCUGGUACUAUGGUGGGCUGGAAGAACAUAUUGUCGACUUCCUAGCCCAGAAGCGACCGCCUAAGAAGGACAGAUCCGACAGAGACGACAACCAACCAUUAAUUAUUCGGCCUCACUACGCCAUUGAACCCUUGUUUCUGCUACUCGGCGGUCUUAGCGCCUCCUUUGCUCAACAAAUCGUUCUUCACCCGUUGACACACGUACAAGUCGAGCACUGGGACCGCCUCGAAGAACUUGACGCCAAGGCAGCCAAGCUGAGAGAACUUCGAGGAGCGAACCCGGGCCAGCGACGAGACGGGUGGAGAAUGUUCAGGGCAUACUACCGAGCAUACAAGGAGACGUGGUCGGAAUGCUGUGCCGAGGCUGCAAAGGAAGGACUGGGCGUGAGGAAAUGGCUGUGGCGUGGUUUCUGGUGGAAUACGAUCCGUCAGGUUCCCAGCACGAGCGCUGGAUUGAUCAUUUUUGAAUUGGUUCGACGCAAGUAUGGUUUGGGCAACGAAGAAGUUCGCAUUACAGGAGACGGGUAUGAUAUCCUCCUUAACUAG